AUGUCAUUAGAAAGACUGACAAAGCUAGAAAAGAAGAUCAUGGAUAUUUGUGUAUUUUUGCACACAGAAAUCUCUUCCAUGAAUGACAAAACAGACGAAAGUAUGAUGGAUCUUUCAGAUGUGCUUCAAUUAGACUCAUUUGAAUCUUUAGAAAAUAUUAGUGACACUAUCAAAGACUUAUUUGCGAAUCAAGAGGGCCUUAGUCUUAGUUAAAAUUAUAGAGUAGCUCCCGGCCAGGACCGAAGGUCCUUUUCUUCCGCCUUUUGGACGCCUUGCUUGCUUUCCUUGCCCUGCUCCCAGUGUGCACCUAAGUGCCACAGGCUACCACUCAGCUCCUUCCGGUCAUGGGGCUUGGUCAUGCUAUCCCGGAAGUAGGCGAACUGGGUCACCGUGCUUCACGUCGCCAGACUAGGGUUAGAGCUAAGGAUUAACUCCUUAGCUCUUGUCGACUCCUGCCAUGCCCUCCAAAUUGGCACUAGCGGUCCCUAGAGGAAAAACCCUUUUUGCCCCGUGUCCUAUCGGGACGACCCUAGGAUCGUCGUUGCUGGACUGGGAGGGAAACCUAGCCGGACACAAACUACCAGUACCCAUUCCAGACCUUUCCCUGGGCGGAUUGGCUUCAGGCCGCAGCAAGGUCCCCAAUCUCGCCACAGUUCCAGGAGAGGACGGGUCGGUGUCGUCGCCAUUUUAUUUGUGUGCGAAUCAAGAGGGACUUUCAAAUGUCAGAGGACUACAAUCACUACAGGUCCCAUGAGCAAUACCAAAAAGCUUUACAAAAAUUAGAAGGAGAAGUUAGAAACCAUAUAAAAAUUGAGCAACAAAUGAAAUUGCAUAUAGAAAGCACUCAAGCUAAACUUGAUGAGAUGGAAAAAGAAAGAAAAGACUCAGAAAGCAGUAGCAGAAUUAUUGAUAAGCUUAAAAGAGAUAACUGUCGACUCUCAGAAAAGCUAAAAGAACAGGAAUCCUUACGGAGCAGUGAAGGCGCUUCAACUGAAAGAGAGAUGUGUAUCACAGAUAGAGGAGAAAGGGCUAGAUUUGUGCAGGAAAUUGCAAUGCUGAGGACUGCUAAUAAAAAAGAUUCACAAAAGAUAGCUGACCUUGAAAAAACAAAUAAACGGCUUGAAUUAGAACUAGCAAAAAAUAAACAAUAUUUGGAAGAAAGAGAUAAAGAAUUUAGUUCUGCUGAACAGAAGUAUAAAAAAUUAAGAGAGAGCAUUAGUCAAAAAGAAAAUUAUCCAGAUACGCUUACAGAGCUAUAUAAGAGGAAAUAUGAAAGAAAAUGUGAAGAAAUUCGGGUGCUUGAGAAGAGAUUAAGCCAAACGAAAGAAAAAACAAGGGAAAACUCAAGGGAGCCAAAAGUAAGAGAAAAAACAAAGUCACCUGCCCCAAAAAGGUCUGAUUCAGCUGCGAGGAUUCAUAGACCUGAAAGUCCAUUUUUAUCUACAACAAGAAGCCAAAGUAAACUUAGAGAGGGAUCUAUUGACACCAAAAAGCGUCCAACCUCGUCUACGCAUCAAAACUGUUAUUAUUUAAGUACAUCGCGGCGAUAA